GAGGGUCUUUGACGUGGCAUCAGUACACAGAAAUGGCCGUUUAGGGGAAUGCUUUUCUGAAAAGUGACAAACUUUAGGCAUUUGACUUGGAUGGUUUAGUUAAAUGUUUAACUGCAUUAACUAACCAAUAUAUCGUGUCACUCAAUUCCUAUUAUUAAAAUCUCAAAAUGUCUGUAUGGGCAGGGUUUUCAGAAGAGGAGUUACGAAAGUUGCAACAGAAAGAACAGACGGUGCCUGCAGCUUUAGAUCGUGGACGGAAACCGGCUCCUACUAACCGGAGUCGGCAACAAUUGCAGCGAGAAAGAGCGCUCCAAGUAGUCACUCAACAAAAAAAUGGACCCGAUUCGCAUACGCUACCAGUCGAGCAGCAGCUCUCGAAGCCCCCGAUCCAGGCUGCCGUUCAGCCCGUCAGUCAUUUCAGUGUCACACAUACGACGGUUGAGGAGGAUUCCAGACAGAAAGAGCCUCUUGCCCUCAACGAUGCACCUGCUCCAGCACAGGAUACAUCGCAGAUUACCAGGGAGUUGGAAAAGCAAGAGGUGGAAUUGCGAGAGAAGACUCGCUUAGAGUUUCUCCAGAGAGAUCAGAAGAUGAUAGAAGAGAGGAAUAAGCGCAAAAAAGCCCUGCUUACCAAAACUAUUGCUGAGAAAUCUAAGCAGACACACGCAGAGGCUGUGAAGCUGAAGAGGAUCCAGAAAGAGCUGCAGACUCUGGACAACAUGGUGUCCAGCGACAUUGGCAUCCUGAGAGGGGUCAUUGAGCAGGCCAGCAUGGACUACAAUGCUGCAAGGAAGCGAUACGAGAAGGCUGAGGCCGAGUACGUCACCGCCAAGCUGGACCUUCACAAGAAGACGGACGUCAAGGAGCAACUGACCGAGCACCUGUGCGCCAUCAUCCAGCAGAACGAGCUCCGCAAGGCCCACAAGCUGGAGGAGCUGCUACAGCAGCUACACCUUCAGACCGCCGAGGAGGAACCCGAGGGGGAGGAGAGGGGGAGGCCCGCAGAGGACCGGGGAGCAACUAAGGUCCAGGAGGAGAGCAAGAACGCGGUACUGGCUUCCCCAGUCAACGGUUCCACACCUGGGACUGAGAAGGAGACACAGGCAGGCAGUACCACGCUCCUGCCAGUCUGCCCCGCGGUGACUGUGACAGAACCAAAUGGGAGGGAUCAGAACAGUAAACCAUCCAACGGCCCCCUAGCGGGGCAGUGCGAGGUUCCGGCUUCACCUUCAUGAGACUUGGGGGGAGGGGAUGGUCUGUGAGUCCAUGACUUCAUGUCAGUCGCGACUUUUGCGCUUCAAAGCAUCUGGACUGAUUCAGUGUGUCAAACAUUCCUGUUAGUAUUUACUCUGUAUACCAACAUUAAUAUAUAUAUAUAUAUAUAUAUAUAUACACUAGCGCCCAUUGAUUAAGUGGUAACAAUGUCCUUUGUGUAAUAACUCUAUUGAAUAUGUAUGGCAGUUUGACACUGAAGAAAAAUGAUUUGGUGUUUGCGUACAUGAGAACUGGCUUAGUGAGCACUUGAGUCUUCAUCAUGGAGCGAUCAACAUUAGUGUGUUGUCACUGUUAUUCUGUGAUCUUUACAUGUGGCUGUCUCAUUCUCUGCUUCAACCUCUUUUUGCACAACAUGUGGUUUUACAUCUGAAGUGAAUGCUCUCCCUGUCAUGUAGCAAAGCAAAGGUAGAAUUUAAAGCCUAGCCAAUUUUGAAUUGGACAGUUUUAUUUUCAUGGGGGAGUUGAAACGAGGUGGCUAACAAUUUACUUCCUGAGUGUUCCUCUGUGCAGGUAGAGAUUUUUAUAAUGUUCCAUGACGCAGCACUGUCUCAGAUCUACUGUCUGUAUGUUGUAGAUAAAUAUAUCUUUGGGUAACGGAAUCAAGUGCUGCUAUUUCCAAAACUCACCUCAGUCUGUCCCAGUCACAGUGGGUUUCCUUGGUAAAGACUUGUGGGUCUCCAUCAGCCUUCCUACAGAAUGGUAAGAUGAUAUCUCCUAAUGUAUGGAUGCUUUAGGAGGAAACGGCACCUCAGCAUGUUGCUGCUAUACCAUUAUGGCCUUAGAGGCUUAUUUUUUAGUGGCACUCUAGAGAACAAAAUAUGACUAGAGCUACAUGACUUGCUUGUUUUAUGGUGUGCUGCAUGCAGCCGUUUUUUAUGUAAAAUAUGUCUAUGUGCCUUUGUGUUCCAUCAUUUCCCAAAGGUUCCGUCUUCUUUUUUUUUUCUUUUAGUUAAUGUUUUUCUUUAAAUUCCACCACCUGUAGUUUUGUAUCAAAAUAGGCUUAUUUAAAAGCAGGUGGGUAUUAAAACAUUUUGUACUAGUAA